AUGUCUCAAGCCGGACCAUUCAACCGAGUGCAGACCGUUUCGCCACCUUUAAAGGGCUCAUUUCCACUGGAUCAUGAUGGAACAUGCAAGCUUGAAAUGCUGAAGUACAUGUGCUGUUUACAUGAGAACAAGCAUUUGAACCGUGAGUGCCGUGAUGUAGCAAAAGCAUACUUUCAAUGCCGAAUGGAUCAUGGCCUUAUGGAGAAGGACGAUUGGGAUCGCCUUGGCUAUGGAGAUAAGUAA